GCUCACUAGCGGCUGGGUCCUAUCGCACAGGUCUGAGGAAGAGAAGCAGGAGGCGGGUUCCUGAGGGCCCACUGUGACCUUAGGGCUCCCAGACAGAGGAGGCCUCGUGCUUCGUCUGACACACGAGGUGCCCAGACUGCUGGUGCUGACGGGACAAUGUUCAGGCUUCUGAACCCGGUUUUGGCCUUCUUCCGGAAGAGGGCGGACCCCGCCGAGGAAGAGUGCAUGCAGCAGGAGGGGCUCCCACAAGAUGACAUCGAGUUGAAAACUGUGCAAGGAGUUGUGACAAGUUUCUUUUGCGAUUACGGCUUGAUUGAUGAGUCGAUCUACUUCACUAGUGAUGUUGUGACUGGCAAUGUGCCUCUAAUAGUUGGACAAAAAGUUACUGCAGUUGUUGAAGCUAAUAAAACAUCUCGUGGAUUGAAAGCAAUCAGAGUGGAAGCUAUGCCUUAUCAUGUUAGUGGAGCUGUAUCAUCAGACCCAAGGCCUAGAGUUGUAGUUGGUUAUGUUACUUCUAUAAGGAAAAAUAUUAUUUAUAUUAAUAAAAACAUUUACUUCCCUGUGGACAUUGUUUCUAAAGGUUUUGUGCCUUAUGAGGGUGACUGCUUAGAAAUUGAGUAUUCCAUUCAGCCGGAUACCUCAAACAUCAAGGUACACUCAGUGAAGCCGGUGAAUUGUGUGAAUUGUGUGCUGGCAGAGGCCUGGAGUGGCCCUGAAGUGACCCGCGGAAGCAAAGCAUGUAACUGA